UCUAAAGCUAUAAAUAAUGAAUUAUUAAAACUAUGCUCAAUAUGGCAAUUCAUAGAAUUAUUCAAAUAAUACUUAGAAUUAGCACCCUUAACAAUACUAAAAUGGAUAGUAAAUUUCAAAUCAGAACAAUAAUAAUUACUAAUAUAACAUGGUACAACCAGCUAAUUACCCAGUAUUAAAUUUUGAAAAAGAAUCCUUUAUCCAAGAUUAACCAGAUCACAUUAUACAUCAUGACUAUUUAUAAUAACAAUAGUAAUAGUAAUAAUAACAAUAGUAAUAAUAAUAGUAAUAGUAAUAAUACUAAUAAUAAUAAUAAUAAUAAGUAACUUAACAAUAAUAACCAUAUCAAUAAUUGGAUACUAAUCCCGCUUAAACACAAUACAUUUAUGCAAAUUAAUAAAUCGCCACUCCCUUUUUUUAACCAGGAGAUUUAAAUAAUGACGAAAUUAUGAUCGAAAAAUUUAGAAGAAAUCUAAUCUAUAAAAUAAACUUCUUCUGGAUCAUCCAAUAAACCAUAUAGAUUAUAUUAUGUAUAAUCAAUAUGGCAAGUUAUUCGUACGAUAGUUUGUUUUUUGAUUACUCAACUGUGUAAUAUAGGGCAACAAUUUAUGUUUUUCUAUUCUUUUCAUUUGGAUAUAUGAUAGUUAUCAGAUUUGUAAAAUCUAUAUGGAAAGUAAUUUUAUUUUAUAAAUAUUAGAUGAGAGGAUAUCAAUCAUUAAUUUAUCUUAUUUAUGCAAUUGUAUAUUCAAUUUUCAUUAGUGGGAUUGUCUCAUCGAGCCGCUUAAGUUAUUAUCAAGAGAAAACUUACUUCUUAAUUGGAUUUCUUUACUUUAUUGGAACUAUAGGAAUUUUAAUAAUGCUUAUUUAAUUUUAAUUUCAAAUUAAAAAGUUUAAAGAAGAGGAGAUGCGAAUAAAAGGUACUUUCUAUCUCAAUAUUAAGAAUUCAUAAAGAGUAUCAUAAUUGGACCAAUCGGAAUUCUAUUUCUGAUAACAGCCUUAUUUGGUAUUGAUGCAGCUUCAAUUUUAUUACUUUAUGAGCUUAUUUGGUCCUAUAUCUUCACAUUAUUUUAUAUAAAUAGUUUGUUAUAAGUCUACAGAGGAAAAGUAUGAUAAUAUUAUUAUUCAAAUAGUUCAAGUUGAAAAGAGACUAGCAUUUUGUUGGGGUUAUUUUAGUAUACAUAAAUAUGAUUAUCCCUUGUAUCCCAUGA